AUGGCGCAGACCCCGCCCACAGCGGUCCGGACACGCUUCGCCCCCGGCCCCACCGGGCGGCACCACCGGGCCGUGCUGCUGGGCCUGGUCCAGGCUGCGCUGCGCGAGGCGGGCGUCGGGCCCCGCGACCUCGACGGGGUCGCCUUCACCAAGGGCCCGGGCAUGGGCUCCCCCCUGGCGGUGGUAGCGGCCGUGGCGCGGACGCUGGCGCAGCUCUGGGGGCGGCCCCUGCUGGCUGUCAAUCACUGCGUGGGGCACAUCGAGAUGGGGCGGCUGCUCGGCCCCGCCCCCGACCCCCUGGUGCUCUACGUCAGCGGCGGCAACACCCAGGUGAUCGCGUACUCCCGGCACCGGUACCGGAUCCUGGGUGAGACCUUGGACGUGGCCGUGGGGAACUGCAUCGACCGCCUGGCCCGGCUGCUGCAGAUCCCAAACGCCCCCAGCCCCGGCUACAACGUGGAGCAGCUGGCCAAGAGGGGCCGCCGGCUGAUCCCGCUGCCCUACGUGGUCAAGGGUCUCGACGUCUCCUUCUCGGGGCUCCUGUCCCACCUCCAGGCUGUGACCCCCAAACUGCUGGGGUCGGGGGAGGCGACGCCGGAGGAUUUGUGCUUCUCCCUGCAGGAGACGGCGUUUGCGAUGCUGGCCGAGGUCACCGAGCGCGCGCUGGCGCUGACGCGGGCGCGGCACCUGCUGCUCGUGGGGGGCGUGGCCUGUAACCGCCGGCUGCAGGAGAUGCUGCAGACAAUGUGCAGGGCCCGGGGGGCGGAGCUGUGCCCCACAGACGAGAGGUACUGCAUCGACAACGGCGCCAUGAUCGCCCAGGCCGGGUGGGAGAUGCUGAGAGUGGGGCAGGUGACGGAGCUCAGCCAAUCAGGGAUCACGCAGAGGUACCGGACGGAUGAGGUGGAGGUGACCUGGAGGGACUGAGGCGGAGCCGCCGGCGGGAAUUUGCUUCAGGAGGAUCUCCGCUGUGUUCUUUCCUUCCUUUUCUGCUGUUUUUUUUUUUGUUUGUUUUUUUUUUUAAUCGUAUUUGCUUAACCUGAAAAUUCUUUACCUCAUUUUCCCUCACGAUUUGCCCUCCCCACCUCGUGUCUCCCCAUCCUUCCCUGAAGAUCAGUUUGAAACUAAUUCCUUAUGUUUUAAUACAUAUUUUUACGCCGAUUUAACGUUUUUUAUCGAUUUGUAACUUUUGGUAGGAUUUCUUACCUUUUUUACCCUUUUUGGAAUGUUUUUUUCCCCCCAGGAAGGAGCCGCUUGCCGGGAAUGGCGCCCCGCGAAUUUCGGCGCUAUAAAACUACAGUUUUAGAUCUUUAAUUUCAGUUUUUAAAAUUAGUUUUUCUCAUCGAAGAACUCUUUUUGCAUUUUCAAUUAAUAUUUUGGGGUUUUUUUUUAAAGAGUUUUUGGGGUUUUUUUUUGCAAAAUUCGAGGCAAUUUAGCCUCAAAGUUCCACGUGGGGAGGAUUUGGACCCUCCCCACGUGUUUUGUCUCCUCUUUAACGUUACCUAAAUCAGAAUAUACAUUAAAAUGAAAAACCAAAAAACUUUUUUUGCGAGAUUUGUCUCCUAAUUAUUGUUUUAUCGAUUUUACUUUUUUUUCGGCCCGUUUUUCCUUCGUCUUUCUCUGAGGCGCUGCCCGCGCCGGGAAAACCGCGCCCCCAAAAUGUCCGAUUCUUCUACUUUUAUUUUCUGUUUUUAUUUUUCCUUUUCCCAGAUUCCACCGCUGUUACUGGGGGUGUUUGGGCUUCAACUCUUUGUUUUUUAUUUUGCCGGGUUUUUUUUUCCCAGAUAAAUUGUUGUCCUGAUGUUAUGAAUGUUUCUUUUAUGGAUCGCUGCAAUAAAUCCUGCUUCGCUGUGGAAUUUAGCGCGGGUUUGGCGAGGGGAAG